UUCUCCGGUUUACUUCAUCUUAAGAAUAAAAAAUUGAAUCUCAGUAGACGAAUUGAUUCCAAAUGGUGGAUAGAUUUUUACCGACGAAGCUGAGCAACGGCGACGUGAACCGCCGGCGGGAUUACCUCACUCUCCUCUCCGGUCCAGUUUCCUCUGGCAAAACCUCUCUGCUUUUUCAGUUUGCUCUCAAUCUCGCGAGUGCUUCUACAGACUCUCGCGUCGUCUUCAUCUGUCGCCGGAAAAAAAUCGAAUCCAAUCCUCCGUUUCUCUCUCAGGGAAUCGAUCCUUCUUCUGAUGUAUUCAAUCGAAUCCAGAUGAAAUAUGUGGAUGAUGAUGAAGGAAUCAGGAAGUACUUUGCUGCGUUUCAUCUUCAUCAUGUUGUUGAUUCACCUUCUGCUGUUAUAAUCGAUGAUUUUGGUGAUUACUUUACCCAAUUGAACUCGGUAAUGAGUUCUCGGGCUAGAGACAUGGCGAUGGUUCGGACUCUUGCUUUAUGCCACAAUGCUAUAGUUGAUGCUAAUAGGAAAGUCUUUUGUGAGCUUGUUUUAUCUGAGACUAACCAUGGAGACUCACCGAGGUCGUUGUUCAUAUACAAACGAUGGAUCACGAAGAUCUUUACGAUAAAAGGUCAUGGUCAUGGUGAUGGUUCGUUUCUCUUGACAAGUAAUGGUGAAUCCGAGAAAAGUGCCAAGUAUUCGAUCGCGCUGCAAUAUCUCAUCUUGGAGCAGAUGAUUGUAUGAUAGUUGUUAGUUAAGAGAUCUUUGUGAUUGAUGAUAAAUCAGCGUUUCUCUAGUAGCUCAAAUGUACCAUAAAGAUCCUUUUUUACUCACAAGUCGAUAUAGGUAACAUCUUUCACUGUGAUGGCUUAUUGCUAUGCACCACCAAGGACGAUAGACUCCUGGUUUGGAAUCAGGAGAAACCAAGUGGAUUAAACCGACAUAGAUCUACUACAAGGAAACAGACUACUAUGCUCUCGGUUAUGACAACAAAGACUCCUGCUUUUGAUCACAAAAAAAAAAAAAAAAANGACUCCUGCAAGAAGAAAUACAAAGUCUUGAGGAUGGAUCAAAAGUUAUAUUUUCGUGAUAUCUACAAUUAUGAGUAUGAAAUCUAUGACGUUCACUAACGAUUCCUGGAGGUUUGUUGGUAAGACUACUGAAUGGCAUUUACAAGUAGUCAUCGCGGUGUGUCUGUGAAAGGAAAUACUUAUUUGCUUGCUUCUAGUAAGGGUCAGCCAUCUCAUGAAUUUUUACUAA